AUGCCAAACCGUAAUUAUUAUGGAAUCGUAGCAGUGUUAAUAUGUUUUUGGUGGAUAAUGAUCUGCGCGAAUGCAUCGAAUUACCGUUGUAAAGUUAAGCAUUACAAUCAUAAGGCUAUGCAAACAGAUCUUAAUGGAAGACGAUGUUGGGAUGAGAUUAAAAUCGGUUCGUGUUGGGGAUACUGCUUGUCUUAUGAGAUCUCACACUGGCAGUUUCCAUACAAAGAGUCCCACCACCCAGUGUGCGUGCAUGGGGAACGUCGCCCAGCUUCCGUCAAACUGAGGUAUUGUGAUCCUGGCGUACAGCCUGGAACUGACAUCUAUCAUUUCGUGGAAGCCGUUAACUGCAAAUGUCAGGUAUGUUCAUCGGAAGAUACAAGUUGCGAAUGGCUGCCUCCAGAUUCUUCCUUACUCGGCGGACUUAUUCUUAAAGAAGAAUUGACGGAAGAACUGGAAUAA